AUGGUCUCCUUCGAUGUGACGUCGUUAUUCGCAUCCAUCCCACCAAACUUGGCUAGCGAAGUCUUGCGCAAGAGAUAUGAAGAGGCGUACGAUGAGACUCAGAAUGCCCUCAAAAUUGAACGCCUCAUGAGGCUGUUUGAAUUCUGCCAAAAAACUUUCUUCACAUUUGGGGGAAAGACCUAUGAACAAAUCAAGGGAGCCCCAACGGAUUCACCGGUCUCCGGUUUAGUGGAAGAACUGGUUACAGAGGAGAUAGAAAAGAUUGCAUUCAUCCAACAUGAUCCGGUGUUUUGGUGCCGUUACGUAGACGACACGUUUGUCAUCGUAAAGAAGGACAUGCUGCAACAUUUCCACAGCCUGCACAACGAAGUCCUUCCUGAUAUAAAAUUCCCGAGGGAAGAAGAACAGGAACAGCAAUUUUCCUUCCUGGAUGUGCUUGCCAGACGAAACCUUAACGGUGAACUUGAAACAAAGGAAGGGAGGAGGGCAACGAACACCACACAGCCUCUCAGUUUUCACAGCAACUAUCCGGAGCCUCGCAAACGAAGCUGUGUGUAG